AUGAAUGGAUUAUCAACGCUCAACAGGCUGCUGGGAAAGAGAAACAAAGAUGUUUCCAAAUCUACAUCCAACCUAAGUCGGUCCAGCACCAAUCUGGACGCCUCUAGUCAGUACAACAGCAAAGUCAUACAGCUGCCGAUCGUACCGAACGCACCGUACGAGCAGACAUUCCGCGUGACGGUGCUGCUGCCGCGCGACCAGCUGUACGUGGCGCGGGUCGGUGCGAAAACCAAACUGUCCACCCUGCUCGAUCAGGUGUGCAGCGACAAGCUGCUGGACGCACAGAAGUACGUGUUCCGCCAUCCGGCCGACUUCCAGCAUGGGUUCGAGCUGGACAUGAACAUUGGCGAGGUGGGACUGAGCGAGAUCCGGCUGAUGUCGCGCAAGGAACUGGAAGCCCUCCGCAACAGCGACUACCGGCUGAGCACAAGCGACAUCUUUCGGAUGCACCAGAAAACGGCCCGGGAAACCACCACAGGCGGAACGUCCCUGUCGUCGUCGGACUUGAGCCGCACGUCGAAGCUGGUACCGAAAACGACCUCACCGUACAGUUCGACCAACUCGCUCAAUUCCAUGGACUCGUCCGGGGUGAGUUCGAGUUCGCGGGGUGGUGGUACCAACGGUGGCCAUGCUGGUAAUGGCCAUCACCACCACCAGCCGCAGCCGCAGCAACAGCAGCCGGCGGCACCGCCAGUGGCACCGACACGUAAGAAGCGGGCUGCCCCGAGACCCCCGAGCCAGAAUUCCAUCCCGGAGGUGCGGCCCGUCGUGCAGCACACACCGAACGGGGCCACCGUUGAGAAGCAACCGCCGGAGGACCCCCAUAUUUUCAAAGAACCCCAGUUACCGCCCUACUCCAGGCAAAACUUUCACGUCUCAACACCGGAUCUGUACGAUCGGGAACCGAAAGCGGUUGAUAUUCUGAACAACAACAACGGCACUGGCAAGGGUAGCAGUGGCAGUGACCAACUGAACGGUUACGCGAUGGCGGAGGCGAACAACAACAACAACAACAAUCACGUCAUGACCUCGGCCAUGGUGCUAGAGGAGGAAGACCGGAAGAAUCUGCUCAACACCAAGACGUCGUUCAGCACGCUCAAGAACCGGCCUACCUCGAUGUACAUCAUCCGUGAGCCGGAAGCGGCUCCACUGCAGCGAUCGAGCGAGAACGGUGGCAGCAUGAUGGACAUUAACCACUCGCGAGCUUCUUCCAGCUGCUCGGACGCGAAGGAUCCGCGCGAUUUCCAGGAUAUGCCGGAACCAACACCCAGAAAGCGCUUGAAUUCAAACGCGAAAAAAUCGAAAGCUCCAGCACCACCACCGAGAGCGAAAAUGGUCAUUACGCCCGUGCCGACACCUUCGCCGAGAGCGCUCACCCGUUCGACGCUGGAUCUUCUACGGGACAACGAUGUGGCAAUCUCCGAGACGGAUUCCAACUUUAGCAGCGAACCGGACGAUACGCAUCGCAACAGAGAAUCGCGAUUGAAUGCCGUCAACGGAAGCGUACAUCGAGCCCCCCCAGCAGCAUCAUCCGUCGCUAAUGCCGCGGUUCAGCAGAACGUGUCAAAGGUGAUGCUAAACGUCGAACAGGCUCCCAACGGCCAAACCCCGGCGGCCAACGGUGUUGAGAAGAAGCACCAGAAGACCGGCUCAACCUCGUCGGUGUCGAUCAAAAUCGGCGGUCCGGCGGAUCAGUCGUCCGCUCCGCAGCUGUCCUCCAAGCCGACCACUCCGAUCGUUUCGAAGGUGCAGAUCGGUAGCGGACCAGAGACACCGUCGUCACCGUCACCCGGUGACAACAGCUCCGAUGAGGAGAUUAAAAUCUACAACAUCGAGUCCGGCAAGGCGAUGAUCAAGAAGAAGGUGUGUCCCGCGCCGGAGCAGAAGGCGGAGGUUGCCACUAAACCGGCCACCAAUGGUUCACACAAUGGAACGGGCCACAAGGAACCACAACCGAACGGUGGUGGCGGGGCGGCCGAUGAGGAGCAGUGGACUUACACGCUCCCUGCGCCGCCAAAGUUUGCCGACUCGUCGAUCAAGGCGAACGACUAUGACGAACGGCAUCAGUUCUAUCGGCCAGCGUCAACCUUCGUCGAUAACACGACACUCCGCACCGACAUGCUGACGGUGAUGUCGGACGAAACGGUCGAUCGUAUUAAGCCCUUCUUCCAGGAACGGUUGCAGACAAUGGAACUGAAUCUUCCGACCGAGAGCCGUCGCCACGGGGCCGAGAGCCCGACGAGCGAUACCACGACGCACGUUUCGGAUACCGGUGUGCCGCACAUCAGUUCGGACCUGGAGGACGGUUACCGGGUCGGUGCCGACGGUGGCGAUCGAACACAACCACCGGUUCUGAACACCAACGAGGACACACGCGAAGCGCGUGAAGUUUGGCUGCAAACGCUCGAGAAACGGCGCGAAAAGAUCAUCGAAAGUGAGCUGGCGACGCUCAGUGAGUCGAUUGGUGGCAAACCGUCGAUCGUGGCACCGGCCCCGCGCUUGGUCUCACCACCGGAAGCGGUGAUCGAACGGAAGAGUAGCGUCAUGAACGAGUUGAACCAAUUGUUGCGCGACGGCGUCGAGUUGACGCGCAAGGAAGAUGCCGACAUUGCGGUCGCCACCAACCGGAGCACUUUGGCCAACUUCAAGAUAUCGACGUACAGUUCAGAGAAUAAGGAAAACAUCGUCACGAGCACCACAACGAUUAUCGAACAGCAGCAGGAAGUGAUCGUGGACAAAGUUACAACCGGGGAUCCGCCGACUGGCGGAAGCAAGGACCUCCAGCAGACCGAACCGUUCACACUCGCGCUUGAAGAAGAAGCGAAGGAACCGAUCGCCGAGGUUAUCGCAUACCGGAAGACAUCCGCCGAUGCCGGCACACGCAAAGCGCACUCGUUGACGCAGAGCAGCGAUGAAGAUGAUGCGACGCAUCGCCACAGCAACGGCUACCAGGCGGGAAGCGCAAAGAAAGAGCUGGCCCCGGUAAAACGGCGCAGUCUAACGAUGCUCAACAAGAGCCCGCGGGUGAUCAACCGGUCCGAUUCCUUCCACUCCACGCGCUCCGACUACAUCCAAUCGCUACACUCCCCGGUACAGCCGGUGCCAUCGGCGGGAUCGAAGCUGCACCUUACCCCGCGCAGCACGUCGUACAUCUCGCUCAUCGGUGCCCAGCGCUGGGAGAACCGGGCCUCGGUCAACGGUGGACUAGCAACCUCGUUCAGUCGCCGCAAGUCGACCAGUGAGCUGAGCAUUUGCGAUUCUCCGUCACUCCAGAGUUUGGAGGUGAUUAAGAACAUUCUCAACACAUCGCGCAAAAACAGCAUCAACAAUCUACAUCACGCCACUGGUACCGUGGCGGCUGGUGCAACGGAACAGAACGGGUCAGGAGCUGGGAUGGGUGAGGAGAUUGCCCUUCCCUCGAUGGCCGCCAUCAAGCGGAAUAGCUUCACCGACAUUUCGACGCUGGCGCAGCUGAACGGGAAGGUGGUUCAGUUGAACGGUGUCGCGAGUGGAGUGUCCGUACGCAAGGACAACAUCGAGGAAGCGAAGGUUGAGGAACAGGAGCAGGAACCCGAACCCGAACCAACCCGCGAUCAGGGUGAGGUGAAACCGCAGGCGGAACCCGUUGCACUUUGCGUGCUCGAGAAGGAUGUCCUGGACGUCGUCGAGAAGCCUAAAGUGGAACCGGAGAUUGUGAAAGAUGUCGAGGAACCGAAAGAACCGAUAAAGUUGGUUAGUGCGGCGUCUGAAGAAGUUAACGGCGGUGACCCGAAAGCGUCAAUCCAGGAUCUGGCCAGUGAGUCGAAGAGCGACGAUGAGAAGCUGCUACAGAACCAACAUCAGCAGCAGCAACAGAGCGUCGUGAAGGAACCGCAAACCACUGUCGUAAGCAUCACCACGACCAGCACGGUCGUAAGUAGCUCCAGCUCGAACGCCGCCGUGGAUAAGCCGUCGAACGAUACCGACACCAAGAAGUGGACCUACCAGGGACCUCCGACUAUCAGUUUCGCGACGUGGAACGAGCGGCCCAAGAUCGAUGUGUCGAUCAAGUCCGAUCGCGAUUAUCGGUUCGGUGGCAGCUCCACCCUGCCCCGUGGUUUCCGGAACGUCAACAACGUGAGCAGCACCAAGAUCAGCAUCGGUCCGGGCGGUAGCUCGACCACGGAAACCACCACCUCGGUGCGUCGAACGAUUCACGAGGUCCAGGGACGGGACGAUACCGAGCCAACCGCAUCCAAUGUGCCAUUAAAGGCGUCACAGGAACGCCAAGAAACGGUGGUGGCGGUAACGGCCCGGCUCGCGACCGGCGCUGCUGCACCGAAACCGAUCGCCGUGCACUCGACAUCACUGACGACGAUUGGUGGCAGCACCACCACCACCACCACGCCGUCGCCACCAGGCGAACGUUUGCCCAUCGUUCGGGCGGUCGAAUACAAGAAGAAUGUGGUCCAGCGCCAACCACCACCACCGGUGGAACCAAAGCCUUCGUACUUCUACGAAACAUUCUCCCGAAGCGACACCAGCAACAGUACCUCGACCACCAGUUCCAUCGGUAACGUUAGCAGCGUUAGCGUCAACGGGAGUGGCGGAUCGACCACGACCACCAUCAGCCGGUUGAGCCUCGGGCCGAAGCCAGCGACCAUGCUGCAGCCAACGGUGCGUGGGUUCAAAUCGCUGGACGAGGCCACCGUCGGAACAUCAUCUACCACCAUCACCGGUCCACGGUUGCGGCCCGUUUCGAUGAUCGAUACGAGCGUGCUGCGAAAAUCGACCAUUCCGAUCGUACCGGAGGAGGUGCCUUCCCAUUCGCUUCCCUUCUCGCAGCACACGUUGCGCCGCACCGGGCUAAAGGAGAAGAUCCUUGCCAAAGACCCGGUCCCGGCCAGGGUUGAGUCGGCUACGGUACCCGCACCGGUUACGGGUACGACGAACGUAGUCAACGGCGGUGCUACAGUAGAACCUCCAAUUCCCGCACCAACACGGCCAGUCACGCUCACGGCGUCCAUGCCUUCACCACCACCUCCGCCACCAACACUGCAGAGCCCAGUGGCUCCGGUAAGCCUCAAGCCAACCCAACCCGUUGUGCGAGGAGCGAUCGUGAAGAAGUCUCCUGCGAACCCUGCCGCUGGCGGCGCGCCAGUCAUCGACCCUCGAACGGCUCUGCUCGAUGCCAUUCGGGGCUUUAACAAGGGCUCACUACGAAAGUAGACAGACUGGGGGUGGGGGACGUGAGGUCACGUCUAGGGAAACGACCAAAGCUGUGUCAGUGUGUGCGUAUGUGUGGCAGGAUCAAUUUUCGAUUGUUAUUUGUUCGUUUCUUUAGUUUGAACUGCUCUUUCUACUUUUCGUCGUUCGAGUUUCAUCCCUUAUCGAAAGCAUGCUGCCAUGUUUGGGCAUUUUUUCUGCAUUGUUUCAUCUCUUUUUAUCUUUGUUACUCUUUUUAAUCGUUAAUCACAUUUCACACGCACAGACAGGGCACAAUACACAGUAAAGCCCUGUUUGUAGCAAUAACAGUCGACUGAAUAGAGGAGAACCGAAUUUA